AUGGCGGUGCCUGUUGAGGCCUCCGAUCCCGGCUUGGGGGGUCCAUCGAUGAGCAGUGACGUGCAGCACAGCUACCAGCUUCGGUCGCGCAUUCCGCGACCUCCAAACGCCUUCAUGCUGUUCGCACAAGAAGAGAGGCGAUCGGUGGCCGCUGAGAACCCGAACGAGAACAACCAGUGCGUGAGAAGCCGCCUGGGCAAGCUGUGCCGUAAUCUCAGCACCGCCAACAAGGAGCCAUACCAACGCAAGGUGGUCGAAGCUGCCAACGUCCACCGAAGGAAUCACCCGGACUACGUCUACAACCCGCGUGAGGCCUACCGGUGCAAGGGGCACGAUCGCAGGACCAAGGCGAUUGCCAGCAAGCCCAAGCGUCGCAGUUCCGGGGACCAGGAGCAGCAGCCGAGCAUUUCCACAGCCGUGGCCCAGGAUCGACGGAACGCCACUCCCUAUAGGCUGACGGCCAUUGUCACGGCCACGGCGUCGGCUCGUUCUGAUGCGUGGCCCUACAACGGGCACCGGUUCCCCGGUCCUCUGCCACUAUCACUGCGUGUGGCCAACAGAGAAUACGCCGCGCCCACCGCUCAGUUAGCGGCAGCUCGCGCAUUCAAGCAGCCUAAAACCCCAUGUGCCCCAACUAUGCUUGACAAUCAGCUGUCCCCCACGCUCCUGGACGACGAAGACGACGACUCGUCUGUGGGCACGUCGUCGUUCGACCAGGGCAGAUUCCCGGAGACCCUAGGCUCUGCAGAUGGUGCCCCAGGCGACGGUCAGCCAUCGUAG